CUGAACGUGUUUUGUAAGAUAUUUGCAUGCUUUCCUGAUAAGAUGACAAAUGAUAAAUGCAUUUGGUAAUAAUAUAUUAAUUAAAUUUUAUACAAUAAAACGAUUAUUUGUUCCUGGCUAAGAUUCUAAACAUAGAUAAAUAGAUUUAGACCGUCUUGUUUUUUAUUCAUGUUUUUUUUAGAACAUUCUUAUUUCAGUUCCAUCGGAAAUAAAGAGAUUUACGAUAUCUACGGUAAGCUCAGGUCGAACCUUUGUAGUUAACGAAACUCAAAACACAUCCUUUGAAUGCAUUGCUGAAGCUAAUCCUACGUCAGAUUUAAAAAUAAUGUCUCCAAGGCGUGGUUUUAUUAUUGAAGUAUCACAAUCAAAUAUUGCUCGUUAUACAUUACGCAAUGCGACAUUUAAAGAUGCCGGAGAAUAUAUUUGUACCGGAAGAAACAACUACACAAGAAAGUCAACGUCACAGUCAAAGUUGAUUCUUAUCGUUAGAAGCAGGCCAAUACCAUCCUCUGGCGACACAAGUGUAAAAAAAGUGGCAACAGUUCGGAACGUUGAUGUCACACUACCAUUUCAAGCUAGGAAUUAUCUUGAUGAACCAAACAAAACAAUGUUCAGUUGGUUUAAGGAAAAUGUACCAAUUUCUAAUAAUGACAAUAAAUACAUGAUACAUUCAAAUGAUUUCCAAACCAAUAUAACUAUAAGGAACACAACUCAACAGGAUUUUGGGCUUUACAAAGUAAAUGUUGAAAAUUCAGUUGGAAUGUAUAUACACUUUUACGAAUUGAAAGCAACAGAUAAACCAGAGCCACCAAGAGACUUCCGUCUCAUGAAAGACACAAUUACAGACGCUUCGGUAACAUUGUCAUGGCGACCUGGUUUUAAUGGUGGAUUUCAACAAACAUUUGUAAUAAUCUACAGAAUGAUUCACGAACUUGUAUGGUUUAACAAAUCAAUAAAAGAUGACGGUCAUAUCAAUAUGAAUUAUACUUUAGAUGAGCUCUCCAGUCUGCAAGAGUAUAAAAUCGAGAUGUUUGCAAAAAACAUAGAAGGAAACUCACUUCACACAGAGCGUCUGCAUUUUAAAACUAAAGCAAGCAUUUACAAGCUGGACGAAACAAAGACAACGCAUUCUUCAAACACUGGACUAUUAGUUGGUGUAGGAGUCGGUGCGUCAUUUGGUACACUCGCCUUUGUUGCUGUGGCUUUUAUCGGAUACAAACGAUUUAAGAAUAUGAGACAUUCACGUCAUGACAGUCCAAAAUCAGGUAUUACUGUCGGAGUCAAUGUCACAUCCAAUUACACGGAUUUAGAUACAAGCAGGAGAGAUAGGAAUGUUUAUGAUGAGUUCAAUGCGCAUUCUACAAGUACAUACGAGCGACUGAAUACAUCGACUCGAGAGAUAACUACAUAUAUGGAGUUGAAAAAUACAUCUGUGCCUAAUGCUGACACUUCCGACUACGUAAAUAUAAGAAUAUAAAUCAAAGCAGAUUCCAUAUAUUGUACAACAUAGCAGUUAUAAAAUAUUGGCACAGUAUGUAAAAAAUCGAUUUAUUUUAAUGUUAAGACAACAACUUUCCGUGGUACUAACAUAAAUGUCAUUUAAACCGAUUUAUUUUCGUAAAUGUUGUUAUUUAUUAUAUGUUAUGCAUUAAAUGUCUUUGAUGAUCAUAAAAAAGAACAUAUUUAAAAAAAUUGCCUUUGUAAAUAAUUGAUUUUGAACAAAAAUUCUAAAAUUUUAAAUCGUCAUAUCAAAGUCAUUUUUUGUCAUCAAACUUUUCGAAUAUAAACAUAAUUAAUACAUCUUGGAAACAGCGUCUCAGAUUUUUUUCUCUCAAAAAAUAU